AUGUCCAAGGAGGUGGUGCCCAGAAGUGUGACAACUCCCUUCUGCAUGUCUGGUAACAGGAGUGAAAUCCAGGCUGCCUGCCCUGAGCCCCAGGGACAGGAGCAUCAGACUGCAGUGGGCAGGGUGGCUGGCCUGCCCUUGGUCAGAUCUGCCUGUGAGAUGGCCUCUGCCAGCUAUGCAGCCACCAAAGAGACCCACCAAGCCGUGAAAGCUGUCUGUGAGGUGGCAGAGACCGGGGUCAGGGCCAUCACCUCUGCUGCCAUCACUGGGGCACAGCCCAUCCUGGACCAGCUGGACUCGCAGAUUGCAGCAGCAAAUGAAUAUGCCUGUAAGGGACUAGACACCCUGGAGGAGAAGCUGCCAGUGCUGCAGCAGACUGUGCAGAAGGUGGCUUCAGAUGCCCAAGACCUUGUGCAUGCUGCAGUGGCAGAGGCCAGGGAUGCAGUCUGCAGCAUGGCUGGUGAGACAAAAGACACAGUGACCAGCAUGGUGGGUGUGGCCAAAGGGGCUGUCCAGGAGAGCAUGGAGAUGACCAAAUCUGCAGUGACCAGCAGCAUGAACAGAGUGCUAGGGAAAUCUGAGCAACUGAUUGACCACUACCUCCCCAUGACAGAGGAGGAGCUUGCUGAGCUGGCAACCCCUAUGGAGGGGUCUGGAAAGCAGAAGAAUUACUUUCUGCGUCUGGGUUCCCUCUCUACCAAACUCCGCCAGCGAGCCUACCAGCAUGCCCUGGGCAAGAUGAGACAAGCCAGGCAGCACACCCUGGAGGCCAUCUCCCAGCUCCAGCAAACCAUCGACCUGAUGGAACAUGCCAAGCAGGCUGUGAGUCAGAAGGUUCAUGAUGGGCAGGAGAAGCUGCAGCAGAUGUGGCUGGAGUGGCACAAGGGCCAGCUGGGAGGCAGUGAGGAUGACAGCUCACCACAGCCAGAGGAGAUGGGGUCCCAGGCUCUAGCCACUUCCCAUAACCUCAUCCUGCAGGUGCAGACUGCCUGCCAUAGCCUCCUGCCCAACAUCCAGGGUCUCCCUGCCUCUCUCCAGGAGAAGGUUCAGCAAGCCUAUGAGAACAUGGGAGAGCUCCAGAUUUCCUUCUCCAAUGUCCAGUCCUUCCAGGAGCUGUCUGAGGGUAUCCUGACCCAGACCCGGGAGAAGGUGACCAAAGCCCAGGAAUCCCUGGAUGAGCUGCUGGAAUAUGUGGUGCAGAACGCUCCCCUCACAUGGAUCGUGGAACCCUUUGCUCCUGCUGGAGACUCUGCAGAGCCAGUGGGGGAACCAGCAGAGGAGAAGAUCACAGCCUGA